CCCCAAAUUACCACUAAAGGAAAAUUUCAUACAAAAAUUAAAAUGGAGAGCCGCUUUGAUUCAAUUAAAAGGCAGAAUGUUCAGACAGCUCCUCCAGAGGAGGACUCUUUCCAAGAGCAAUUUUUAAAUGAAGAAGACAGGAUGAAACAGACUUUUGACUCUAACUUGUUGAACUUUAGCGAUGAUGUCGAUGAUGUUGAUAACCAAGAACUUCUCAGCCCCAUGUUCACUAAUGGUUUUGAUAACUUUAAGAAAGCCUUCGUCUCAUUUGAUAUGAGCAAUGCUGAAAGAAAAGAGUUCAUUGAUGACUUUAAAAGCAGGCUAAAUAACAAUUCUCCUAUCAAGAAGAACCAAAAGUUUGGAGAUAUUGUCAAUGAAAGCAUUAGACAUUUCCGGAACAAAAAGUACUCUACUUCAAACUUGAGGACUCCCUUGCCAGAGUAUAAUGAUUUGAAAUUCACACACAGAAAUAUUAUUCAACCCAAUUCUUCGGAGAAUUUUGGAGCUAGCGGUCAGAGAUGGUCUCUUGGUAGCCAGAAUAAUGAAGAUGAAAUUAGUUAUUAUGCUAAUACUUUACAAUGCUAUCAAUUUGACGAUAACCAUGGAAAAGCAUUUGAGAACUCGAUAGAUUACGGCCUCAUAAGAGAGCUAGAUAGGAAAGAUGGUGAGAUUACGGAGGAAGACUUCUGUUUAACUUCAGGAGGGACUAUAAAACUUCCAGGAAAGCACCUUAAAUUUAAAUAUCUUCACAUCCCUCAUAGUUGUAAAAUUGUUGGAAGUCCUGAGACCGUACUUGAGAUAUCUGGAGCUAUUUUUAUUGGAAGCUUUAAGAAUAAUAGUACUGGUUGGGAGACUAUCACUACAGAGAAUGAAGAACAAAUUGCAGUACACUUCUGAGAGGUUAAGAUCAUUUUUAACCCUCAGAGUUCUUAUUUUAGGUCAGAAACUAAUGAUUUGACCGAAAUUGAAACUGCUAGAGGGAUUCCUAAGGAAGAACAGAAAGGAAGUACGACUCCCUCAGCCUAUACAGCUCAGAAUUUUUUUGAGUUUGACUCCCUUUUCAUCAUUGAUUCCUUAAACCAGACCUUCUUGGAGAUAAGAGACUGUAUUAUCAACCCAGUAUGAGAACAAAAGGAGGAUUCUGUUUUUGAAUCUGAUCUUAAAAGGCGAUAUUUAUGAUCAAGUAUUGACCAAAUUUACACUUUGGAGGCGAUCAAUUAUAUCAAAGAAAAGACUGACCAGCCUGAUUUGGAAUUUAAGAGUGAAGACGACUUAUGCGCCAUACCUAAUAUUGGCAAAUUGAUGUCUGUAAACUGCAAAUGCCCACCCUCUAUAAGAAUGCACUCUUGUGUAAUCAGGCAAAAAGAAGGAGAUUUAGAUAUGCUUGAGCCAUGACCACUGUAUAGUUUAUUUAAGGUAAUUCAAAGCAGCAAGAUUCAGCUAGAUUCUUGUUGAAUUGAGGAAACUCUUGGGUCUUGACUUAGGCUCAGGAAUCCUCAAAUCCUAGAUGUGUUCGACUCAACGAUCACCGAGGCUCAAGAAUCUGCUAUUUCUGUAGAAAUCAGCAAGCUAGAGGUUUCAGAGAACUACUGUAGAUCUCUAAAUAUCUACAACUGAGAGAUUAUGAAGAAUAAAGGAAGUGGAAUCGAGGUCUAUGCUGAUGAAUUCGUAGACCAAAAUUUGAAAAUAUUUGUAACUGAGUGCAGGAUUUCGAAUAACUCUCAGUGCGGCUUGUUCCUUGCCAGAAUGGCUGUUGAUCUUGUCAAAAUUACAGACUCUAAAUUCAUAUCGAAUUCUGGUAAAGGGUGCUAUUUCAAAAUAGUCCAUCAGAGGUUUUAACAAAAGUUGUUUCUCUGUCAAAAACAGCAAGUUUAUUAAUAACAAAGAAAAUGGACUCCAAAUUGAUGACUCUGGGUUCGAGUUAGAGAAAGUUAAUUCUAACAAUAACUCUAAGAAUGGGAUCUCGAUCAAUGGCACCAUGAAGCCAGUUGUGAUUCCUCAAGAAUCUAUGGAGUUUCUCAAAAAGCAUGGAAUGAACACAACCAUGACCAACGUCACUGUGAAUGGCAACAGUGGAUUUGGAAUCUCAAUAAAAAGUUAUUGGAAAGGAGCUAUCUUAAUUGCUAAAUCUAGUUGUUCAAAGAACUCUGAAGAUGGACUUUUCUUGUACACUCCUAUUGAAAAACAUCCCAGAACAUCUAUAGGAGAUUUAGAGAGGAAGUCAAAGUUCUAUGAUGGUCCCAAAAAUAAGAUCUCUCCAGGAGAUUUGACUAAUGAUAAGACAAUUCAGCAGCAGGAGAGGUGCCCAAAGGAAAGAGAGUCUAAAGAAAUAUCUAAAGUGGGGCGAUUGGUCAUCACUAUGUGCACCUUUAUGAAGAACAUGAAGCACGGCUUGAACAUUAUGAACACUGAAUGUACCUUAAACCCAUCAAUUUUUAAAGAUAACAAAAAGUAUGCUAUUUAUAUGGAACGCGAAGAAGACAAACAAAAACUGCUAAUCCCACCACUUACGCAUGGAGAGAUGGUAAUUCGUGGAAAAGCUGGCGGAGAAUGGGGCAAAAUCUCCAUCAAAAAGACAUCAGGCUGAUGAAUAAUUCAGUAA